UAUAAUAAAUACAUAUAAUAUCAUUGCGCUUUAUUAUAAUAAAAUAUACCAAUUGCAAGUUAUAUUAUAAAACGUACUAGGCUUUUACAUAGGACUUUUAGCAUUACAAGCUUAACAAUAUAUUAGCAUACAGAAUACCGAAUAAAGCUUAAAAUUUAGACACCAAUUUCUUAAAAAAUAUCAAUUCAUUUAAGAAAUGGGACGAACCGAUAAACCUAAAGGGAAAAUUACAGCCUAUGCAUUCUUUGUACAAACUUGUCGUGAAGAGCAUAAGUCUAAAUAUCCUACUGAUAAUGUGGUGUUUGCAGAGUUUUCAAAGAAGUGUGCUCAGAGAUGGAAAACCAUGACACCUCAGGAAAAAAGCCGAUUUCAAGAGAUGGCUGAAAAAGACACUGAGAGAUACAAAAGCGAAAUGGCCAACUAUGAUGGGCCUGAAAAAAACAAGACCAAGAAAAGAAAGAGAGUUAAGGAUCCUGAUGCCCCAAAAAGAGCCCUAUCGGCUUUUUUUAUCUUCUGUAAUGAUGAAAGGCCCAAAAUAAAGUUGACUGAUCCUGGUUUAACUGUUGGGGAUAUAGCCAAAGAAUUAGGUCUCCGAUGGAGCAGAGUUCUUCCAGAAGCAAAACAAAAAUAUGAAAAAAUGGCAGAAAAAGAAAAAGAGAGAUAUAUGAGGGAAAUUACUCUAUAUCGCAGUGGCAAGAAAGUUAAAGCAGAUGAAGACAACGAUGAAGAAUAAAUUUGUUAACGAUAUUGUUAUGCUCAAUCAUAUUAUACAAAAUAGAAUAAAUCUUAUUGUUUUUUUAUUAUAUAAUAUAUAUACACUAUGUUUUUAUGAUAGAUUUUAAUAUUUAUUAAAUGCUCUUUCUUUUUAUAUAAAGCUUUCUCAUCAUUUAUCUUUAGAAAUUGUAAUAUACGAUUAUGUGCAUUAAAAGUUUAGUAUUACAAACUUUUAUAUAAUUUAACUUUGUUGUACUAUUAGUUGUUUACCAAAAAAUAUGAAUAAAAUUUUAAAAAACGU